UUGUGUCUGGGGCCUGGAGGGUAGCAGGUUCCAGUCACUCCGCUUUUAGAGUUCAGGGUGGAUGUGACAGAGGUAAAUCAAGAUUUCAUUUCCAAGAUGGAAAGUCCGCCGGACUCAGCUGUGAUUUUGCCUAGCACUCCUCAGUCUUGUGGGAAUGCACGUUCUCCCCAUACAAAUAGUUCACAAAAACAACCUAUGAGUGCAACACUUAGAGAAAGAUUAAGGAAAACAAGAUCUUCAUUUAAUUCCUGUUACAAUGUGGUAAAACGUCUUAAGGUAGAGAAUGAAGAAAAUGAUCAGACUUUUUCAGAGAAACCAGCAUCUUCCACAGAAGAAAACUGUUUGGAAUUUCAAGAAAGUUUUAAACACAUAGACAGUGAGUUUGAAGAAAGUACACAUUUGAAAAAUACUUUCAGGAAUAUCAAUGUGUGUGACGCUAAACCACUUGAUACUGGAUCAUGCAGUGCUCUCCAGAAUGUGUUUAUAAAUGAGAGUCUUCCUAACCAAGGAUUAAAUGAAGAAAAAGCAAAAUUGGUGAAGCAGAUUCAGGAGAAAGAAGACCUUCUUCGAAGACUAAAACUAGUCAAAAUGUAUAGAUCAAAGAAUGACCUGUCUCAAUUGCAGUUGUUAAUAAAGAAGUGGAGAAGCUGUAGCCAGCAGUUGCUUUAUGAGUUGCAGUCAGCUAUGUCUGAAGAUAAUAAGAAACUAAGUCUUACUCAACUGAUAGACCACUGUGGGUUAGAUGAUAAGUUGCUACACUACAACAGAAGUGAAGAAGAAUUUUCAGAUGUUUAAGUCAUCAUUUUUUCUCCUCAAUAUCUUUGAGAAUGACAACUUAAUUAAAAGAUACUUACAUAUUUUAAAGGGAAGGUAUCCUGAUGAACAUCAAUUUAGGGCACUCUGAUAUAUAAAGUAAGUUCUAAAAUGAAAAUUUGGAAUUUUGGAUAUGUUUGCCAAAGAAAACUUGACAUUUAAAGUAAUGUAAAAAAAAUUCCUGUUUAGAAAUUCAUUUGGACAAUUUUGGAAACCAGUUUUAAUACAUUGUUUUUUUGUGGCAAAACAAUUUUAUUUGAAAAGUUUAAAAAGUUGUUCAAUCUGGUGAAUGUCUGAAAAACAGGUCUAAAAAUGCCUGCCUCUCUCCCAGGUUUAUGAACUUUAUUUCUAUCCAUUUACCACAUAUUUCCAUCUUUUGAUCUAGCAGUUAAUUAAAUCCAUAUGUCUAACAUGA